AUGACAGACCCCAACAAAAUGAUUAUCAACUUGGUCCUCUUUGGCAUGACACAAAGUGGAAAAAGUUCUGCUGGGAACAUUCUGCUGGGAAGCGUUGACUUCCACAGCAUCUUUGCUCCGUGUUCUGUGACCAAAGAUUGUCACCUAGGCCGCAGUUGCCACCUGCACAGCUUCAUACGUCGGGGGGGCCAAGAGAUAACCCUGCAGGUCCAGGUGUUGGACACCCCAGGCUAUCCGCACAGCAGCCUGAGCAAGACACAGGUGAAACGGGAGGUCAAGGAGGCCCUGGCACAUCACUUUGGACAAGAUGGUGUGCACCUUGCACUGCUGGUCCAGAGAGCAGACAUGCCUCUCUGUGAUCAGGAAGCGUCCUCCCCAAUCCAGAUGAUUCAGGAAAUUCUGGGACAUGCUUGGAAGAAUUACACUGCCAUUCUUUUCACCCAUGCAGAAAAAAUAGAAGAGGCUGGGCUGAACGAAGAACAAUAUUUACAUGAGGCCCCUGAUACACUGCUGACCCUACUAAAUUCUAUUCAUCGUAGAUGUGUUUUCCAAUAUAAGAAGGGAAAUUCACUUAAAGAACAAAGAAUAACAAUCUUAGAAAGAAUCAUGGAAUUUAUAAAAGAAAAUUCUUACCAAGUUCUAACCUUUAAAUAAAAUUUAGGUGAAAGGAAAACAGCAUUGGGGUUUGGAGUCAGAAACCUGGUU